CAGCCAGGACACCCAGCUGCUGGUAGUAAACUCCGGGCCGGAGGAGGCUCCCACUCGCUCCACGUUAAUUAGUUCACCACAGCACAGGGGGAGCAGUUGGUGUCUGUGGAGGGUCAGUGCUGGAUGGGACCAAAUCUUUUAAAGCCACUUGCUGCUUCUUGCCAGCCAGCUGUAAAAGCACCCAGAGAGUACGGGAGAGCUGGAUGAAUCCUGAGCGCUAGCCGUGGUCUGGUCGGCUUUUCCCUGUGGAGGAAGUGAAUGGUUUAAGUGAGGGGCGUCUGGAUCUGGUCCCCGAGUCACCAUGACACUCCUGGGGUCUGAGCACUCCUUGCUGAUUCGGAGCAAGUUCAGAUCAGUUUUACAGCUACGGCUCCAGCAGAGGAGGACCCGUGAGCAGCUGGCAGACCAAGGCAUCAUGCCACCACUGAAAAGCCCAUCCACAUUCCAUGAGCAGCGAAAAAGUCUGGAGCGAGCCAAGACUGAAGAUUAUCUCAAGCACAAGAUCAGAAGCAGGCCUGAGAGAUCAGACCUGGUCAAUAUGCACAUUUUACAAGACUCAGCUGCAGAGGGGUCCAUUCAGUCUACUCAAAUGAAGCUGAAAAGAGCCCGACUGGCAGAUGAUCUCAAUGAAAAGAUUGCUCUCAGACCAGGUCCUUUGGAGCUGGUGGAGAAGAAUAUUAUUCCUGUCGACUCAGCUGUGAAAGAGGCCAUAAAAGGUUCCCAGGUCAGCUUCCCCAAGCCGGCGGACGCCUUCGCCUUCGAGGAGGACAGCAGCAACGACGGGCUGUCCCCGGAGCAGCCGAGGAGCGCGGAGUCGCCGGGCUCUGCCGAGCCGCCGCCGGCCACCAAGGCCCCGGAGCCCGCGGCCGCCGCGCCGCCGCAGGAUCAGCCCCUCAGUGCCGACAGCCAUGCUGCAGACCCCUCCGUGGGGCAGGGCAGCCAGUGUGACAGCCCCAAGCAGACCUCGGGCCAGGACAGCCCAACCCUCCCAGUGCCCUCUGCUGUGAAGUCAAAAGCAACCAGUGAUAGCAAGAACCGGCACAAAAAGCCCAAGGACACCAAGCCCAAGGUGAAGAAGCUCAAAUAUCACCAAUACAUCCCACCAGACCAGAAGGCAGAGAAAUCCCCUCCACCCAUGGACUCUGCAUAUGCCAGACUCCUCCAGCAGCAGCAGCUCUUCCUGCAGCUCCAGAUCCUCAGUCAGCAGCAGCAGCAGCAACAGCAACAGCAGCAACAACAACAGCAGCAGCAGCAGCACUUCAGCUACCCAGGGAUGCAUCAAGGCCAGCUAAAGCAAUCAAAUGAACAAAUGGUCAAAAGUUCGAAUUCUUCGUCCACCUCUGUCAACAACACCCCUCUUUCUCCUGUGAAAACCACCUUUUCAGGCCAGACCUGUGUCUCAUCUAUCAAGCCAGGCCCUCUGCCAUCUAACCUGGAUGAUCUGAAGGUGUCAGAACUGAGGCAGCAGCUCCGGAUCCGAGGUUUGCCCGUGUCGGGGACCAAGACGGCGCUGAUGGAGCGGCUGCGGCCCUUCCAGGAGUGCGGCGGCAGCGCCGUGCCCAGCUUCAGCGACAUCACCACCGUCACCUUCCCCGUCACGCCAACCAGCACCCUCCCGACUUACCAGUCUCAGUCCUCCACCAGCAUGUUAUCCAAUGGCUUCUACCACUUUGGCAGCACCAGCUCCACGCCACCCAUCUCUCCAGCCUCCUCUGACCUCUCUGUGAGCGGCUCUUUGCCGGACACGUUCAAUGACGGGCCCAUGUCCUCUCCACAGUUCGGUCUCCAGCCGUCUCCGGUGCAUGGCAGCGCCGAGGAAAGCCUCAUGAGCAGCAUGAAUGGAGGGAGCAUCCAGCUGGAGCUGGAAGGGAUUGACACAGAGAAGGACAAGAUGCUGGUGGAGAAGCAGAAGGUCAUCAACGAACUGACGUGGAAGCUGCAGCAAGAGCAGAGGCAGGUGGAGGAGCUACGGAUGCAGCUCCAGAAGCGAAAGAGAAGCAACGGCCUUGAAGAGAAGCAGCAGCCUGCUCAGCAUUUCUUUGGUGUUCCCAUCAAGCAAGAAAACGCAGUGUCCAGCUGUCCCUUUGCAUCCAAACAAACUGCCUUGAAAAGCCAAGCCAGCAGCUCGGAUAAGUUAAGUAACUGUGGGGUGCCACAGCUGCCUCACAUUGUAAAUAGCCACUGCUUGGAGCCCACGGGGCAAAGCACCAUCACCUCCUCGACAUUCCUGAGCCCGCAGUGCUCCCCCCAGCACUCUCCACUCGGGGCUGCAAAGAGCCCCCAGCACAUCAGCCUGCCUCCCUCUCCCAACAGCCACUAUCUCCUGUCAGUGUCCCCGGGCUCGCAGGCAGAGGGGCGCAGCGGGUCCCCCCAGACCACCGGCUGCCUUCGCACCGCAUCGCAGAUGACACGAAGUCAGCAGAUGGAUGAGCUCCUGGACGUGUUGAUUGAGAGCGGAGAAAUGCCAGCCAACGCCAAGGAAGAUCGGUCCUGCCUGCAGAAAGUCCCUCAGAUAACGGUGUCUGCGGGGAGCUCCGGCGCCGCGCUGCCCAAGCCCUCGGCCCCGUUCGAGGUGCCCUUUGAGCACUGCCCGGGUGGCAGCGAUGCCCACCUCGAGGUGCUGCUGAACGCCCACAGCCCCCUGGGCAGGGCCAGCGAGAUGGCCCUGCUGAAGAUGGGGGCAGAAGAGUCCCACUUUGAAGGGAUGAUGGAGGGGUUCUCCGGCAAAGGCGCGGACGAACUGCUCACCUCGCAGGAGAUGUUACAGACUCCCCUCUCGCCCAUGGAGACCCAGCUCUCUCCUCCCCCCGCCGACGGCUCCGGUUUACAAAUGAGUUUCACUGAGUCUCCGUGGGAAACGAUGGAGUGGCUGGACCUGACCCCCCCCAGCUCCGCCACCGGCUUCGGCUCGCUCGCCCCUGCAGGGCCCAGCAUCUUCAACAUCGAUUUCCUGGAUGUGACCGACCUCAACCUGAACACCAGCAUGGACCUGCACCUGCAGCAGUGGUGAGAGGGGGAGCUGGCAGAGGCAGGAUGAGGCCAGCCUGCAGCGGCCAGCGCCGUGCUUCUGUCGUGCCAGAGAAUGUGCCACGUCCAGGGGAAGCUGGAGCCAUUUCCCAGCAGAGAAACUGGUUUGGAUUUCCAGCUGCUGCACGUUGGCAGCACAGGAGCUCUGGUACUUUGGUUUUCCUCCAUCGACACGUCCCCACAGAGGAUGCCAGUGCCUUUAACAACACUUCUUUAGAUUGACAGUUUUGCUUCUUUUCUUUCAGCAGUCACUCCCGUGAGAACUGGAGCAGCUCGUGACAAAACUGUGUGGUGAGGAGACCUCACCCAGGCAGCAACAGGGAUUUGUGGAGAGGAGAGCUUGCUGCUGCCCUCUCCCUCUGCCCAUCCCACCCCCAAGGCUGGGCUCACCUUGGCCAUGCCCAGGCCAGGGGUGUGGGAGCACAGGGCUCUGCCCAGCCAGGACCACCAGCACAUUCCCCCAUACAGCCAGGCCCACCCUGCAUCCCCCCAGCUGCCUUGGCCAGUCCCUCACAGCUCUGCUCGGGAUGGAUGAGUGCUGGAGCCCACCAUGUCCAUGCUGGCACCUAGUCAUGGUGCCAGGGGGCUGAAAGCCCAGGAGCCACCUGGCUGCUGUCUGAGUUGGGUCAGGCUGAGGCUGGAGAGCUCAGAGCAGCGAGCUCUGGGUGUUGGAGCAGCCCCUCAGGCUGCAGAUGAGGGUGUUGAAGGGCCAUGGUGUCCCAGUGCAGCUGCACAUCCCAGCGAGUAUGAUACGGAGGAAGAGAUGGGUCAGGUCAUUUGGUCCAAGGUAGAAGCAAGUCAGAUGGAAAGUCGCUGUGAGGGGUGUCCCUCAGAUGGAAGUGCAGGCCAGCUGUGAGGGGUGUCCCUCAGAUGGAAAGUCGCUGUGAGGGGUGUCCCUCAGAUGGAAGUGCAGGCCAGCUGUGAGGGGUGUCCCUCAGAUGGAAAGUCGCUGUGAGGGGUGUCCCUCAGAUGGGAGUGCAGGCCAGCUGUGAGGGGUGUCCCUCAGAUGGGAGUGCAGGCCAGCUGUGAGGGGUGUCCCUCAGAUGGGAGUGCAGGCCAGCUGUGAGGGGUGUCCCUCAGAUGGGAGUGCAGGCCAGCUGUGAGGGGUGUCCCUCAGAUGGAAGUGCAGGCCAGCUGUGAGGGGUGUCCCUCACACAGUCAGGACGGAUCCCCACCGCCUCUCUCAACCUGGCAGUGGGGGAACUGGGGAAGGGCCAAGCGGGUCCCUGCCUUGCAGCGCUUUUGUGUGGGCACUUACUCUUGUGGCCCCCACUCCUCUGCCAUCCCUCCCUCCUCCUUCCCACUCCUUGACCCCCGCAGUCCCUUCCUUCUUCCCGAGGGGCCUCCAGCAGCGCUGCUCCCCACAGCAGAGCGAGGCCGGCCGGGGACAGCCGUGAUCCCGGGGCCUGGAGGAGCUGCCUCCCCUGGAGCCGGCAGCGGCCGCUGCUCCCCCUCCCGUUUGAAGCCACCAGCGUUCCUCCUGCUACUCUCUGUGCAAUAUUCUCCCCCAGGCUCUGAGCAGAAGGAGCCUUCGCUUCACUCCUUGGCUCCCACCAAAGGCCUUGCUGCAGACUGACGGACACAUCCCACUCCUUUGCCAUUGGGCUUUUGCCAGAGUAAAUAUUGUUGCUGACGGAGUGUUAAACUAUUGCCAGCCUGCGAGUGUUUGAUGUCUGUGGUACUGGAAGGGCAGCACGGGGAGGGUGCAGCCGUGGGGGUGAGGGGUGGCCCCAGCCCACGGCCUCGUUGCAUGCUGUACAAAGCACGUGGCGCUAGCUUUCGGGUCACUAUUUAAAGCAUCACUUUCCUAUUGUACAAACGGGCACGGGGCACUGCUAGGGUAGGUGAGCACAGGUUGCAGUUGGGGUUGGUUGGUUUGGUGUUUUUUUUAAAGGGUUUCUGUUUUUUUCCCUAAGAGAGAGGGUUUUUUGAAGCCGGUCUGUGGGGAGUCUGAAGAGCUCGUGGCACAGAGCAGGGGCAGCUGCUGCAUGGCAGCAUGGGGCAGGCCUUUCUGGACAACUCUCUCCUCUCAGCAAGUGUAUGUCCUUAUUUAAAGGGAUGCUGUCAGCUUCAAACUUGUAAGCAAGCACAUUGCCUUACUUAUGUUACCAGCAACACCUUCAUUAUUAAAA